AUGAAUCACAAGCAAAAUUUGAGAAAAAAUGAUGAUGAAAAUGAAGAAUCUCCUGUAUGUCCAUCAUUUGAUGAUUGUGAUGUUGAAAUUGAUAAUAAUCCAGACAUGUCUGCUGAUGAGCAUCCUAUUAUUGAAGAUUGCAUGGCAGAACCGGCUGAAGGAGAUUCUGCCUCUUUUGAUACUAUGGAGCUUAUGAAAGAGUGUUUUGAAGAUUAUAAAAAAAGUUCUGCUGAGUAUGAUGUAAAAUCUGAUUUGACUGCUAAAAUUCAGGCUUGGGAAGAAAGAAUAACGCCAUUUUUAGCUGAACAGAGUCGUAAACCAGAAUUUAAUAUCGGCCAAUAUGGAUCAGAUAUACUAAAUUCAUUUGAAGACACUGACAGAAAACAAACAAAGAUUUUUAAAGAUAUAGUUAAAGGAAAGUUAAAGUGGGAAGUUCAUCGGUAUUUCCUGGCUCUUCUUCCUCUUGCCAAUGUAGGUAAUGUUAGUCUAGAAGCUGAACGUCACCCAGAUGGCACUGAAGAUAUAUUGAUCACAUUGCUGUCUCGCAAGAUGCAUCACAAAGAAAUUGAAAAGUACAGACACAGUCAGGGAUCUCAUGAUUAACUGAUGUGUACAAAUAUUGUUUUAUCAUAUAAAUUGCAUAAAUCAGUUGAUUGUUUUUCUUCAUAAUGUAGUUAGUGAUAGAUUUUCUUAUUUUAUUGUUGUAAUUUUAUACCACAUGAUUAACUGUCUGUUUGUAAAUAUUCUUUAUACGAUGUAAAAAUAGAACUUGAGUCAAUAGAAGCAUUUUAACACUUUUCUAUCGUAAGAUUUUAUUGUUGCAAAGCUGUCUGAUGGAAAUUUUUGUUUUCUAUUUUAUAAAAGUAAAAUAUUUCUUACCAAUUUAAUUAUUCAAUAAAAUAAACUCAAAGUUAAACUUUUGAGUAAUUAUCAUCUUUUUAUGCUAUAUGUUUUUAAGAUUUCAUUUCUAAUUUUUACAAAAAUAUUUAUUUCCAGUGUUUAAGCCUGAUUUCUAUUUUUAAAUAAUUUAGUUUGAUGUAACAUUGCAUGGAACUUAAAUACCUGUUACUGCUUAGCAGUUUGUGUUCAUUAGUUUCUUAAAGUAAAUGUGUGUAAGGUAUUUUUAUCUAUGUCAAAGUACAAAGUGACAAAAAAUCCUAAUGUAAAUCUGACUUUAUAUCAAGUUAUAACAUAAAAUUCAAAAUAUGAAUGCAAAAAGUUUUUGUUUAAAAGUGCUAUGAUAUUAAAAAUCGUUCUAAUAAGGAAUCUGUUAUGAGAUUGAAUAAAAAUUUUAAUUUUGUUAAUAUUACAAAAUCUUAAUUUUUUAGUGGUCUCCUGGUAUUUAUUUUCUUCUGUAUUUAUUUUAACAAAUUUUGUAGUAUAAGACUACAAAAAUUAAUCAAGGUAUUUAAACUGAUUUAUGUUAUAUCACCUUCCUUUGAAGAAAAUAGAUAAUUUUAAGGUAUCUCAUCGCUCAAAAUUACUGUCAUUGUACCUAAAGUUUCCAUAUUUAUUAUUGUUGAAUUUAUAAACAAUUAGAAAAAUGGAUUUCUAAAAAAAAAUGGACUAAAGCCUUUUGAAACACCUCAGUGUUACACUGAACUUUGGUAGCUGGAUCUUUGAUGAUUGAUUGGAAAUUUUUCUUAUA